CCUCCCAUUCAGUACCCGAUCAAAUUUUUCCUAUUUUGAGCUCCCAAAUUAAAUCCAUUUCAAUUUCCCUCUUCCCCCAAUUCCUUAAAUUCCUCAAAAAUUUAAAAAAACAAAUAAACAAAAAUCCCCCAAAUCUAAUUUCCUCUGGUUCUCUCUGUUCCUCUCAGAGAAAUGGAGGUCCGGCCAUUGGAAAUCAGAAUCCUCAAAGCCCAUGAUCUCAAAGACGUCAAUCUCAUCUCCAAAAUGGACGUUUACGCCGUCGUUUCCAUCUCCGGCGACCAGCUCAACAACCCCAAGCUCAAGACCGCCGUCGACAAGGACGGCGGCACCAGCCCCAAGUGGAAUUUUCCGAUGAAGUUCGCCGUCGACGAUGCCUCCGUCAUGGAGAAUCGCCUCACCCUCAACAUCAAGCUCAUGUCCAAUCGGAGCUUGGGGGAUAGAGAAAUCGGCGUCGUUCAUGUUCAGAUCAAGGAGUUGUUUGACAGUUGCGGCGGCGACGGCGGUGGAGAUGGGAGGAAGGAGGAGGAGGGGGAGAAGUCCGGUAGCUAUAGUGUUCGGUUGUCCAAUGGGAAGGUGAAAGGGACUUUGGAUUUGGCCUAUAAAUUUGGAGACAAAUAUGAAGUUGAAGUUCCGCCACCGCCGCCUCCGCCGUGUAACGAGAAGGGAGUCGACGCGCCGCCAGUUAUGGCCUAUCCAUCUGGGUUUCCUGGCUCCAGCUCUACAUAUCCGCCGCCGUCGACGAAUAUGUACCCGCCGCCACCGCCCGGUGGAUACCCCUACGCGCCGCCGCCGCCGGGGGUUAUGUAUCCGCCGCCACCGCCGGGAUAUGGGCAGCCGCCGCCGGGUUACGGAUACCCGCCAAUGCAGCCGCCGCAGGGGCMAAAGAAGGGCGGUGGCGGUAUGGGAUUGGGGCUGGGGGCCGGUUUGCUUGGUGGGCUGUUGAUCGGAGAUAUGAUGUCGGACUUCUGAAAGGCAACGGCGGCRMYGGCUUUUGUGGUUGCUGGUUUGAAAAUCAGUUUCGACCCAAAGGAUAGAAAAUCAUAUCAAAACUAAUUUUUAUAAAGUUGUGUAAUUGAUCUCUUCUGAAUUUGGAUUUAAAAUCCAUUUAAAAUUGUAACAUUUUAAAGUAUAUUGAAAGUUGGACUCUUUUCAUAUAGAGUUCAUAACAUAAUAAUAUUUAUAUAACAAAA